AUGGCAGUCACAGACUCGUCGGUGAAGGCCAACCACGGAGCGUCUGUGCCCGACACAAGCGCCUCUCAGGAGCAAAUGUCUCAACUUAAUUGGCUCCAGUCCAGAGGCAUCAAGGUCGAAGAUCGUGUUCGGCUGGCCAGGCUCUCUCAUAUGCGAUACCAGACUCCCGAUUUGGACGCAUUAUGUGACUUCAUGCUAACAAAAAGAACCGAAAACGAAGUCUGGUUCCGAGGCUAUGGAGAUGAUCAAUAUGUCUACUAUGCAAUCAAAGGACCGAAGAAGUUCUUGGGAGGGGUUUUUGCAGUUGAUUCAAAAGAGGAAUUCGAGAAGGCCUUGAGAGUACCCGGAGCAUCCCAAGUUCAAGAAUUGUCCGAAGCCCCGGGAGCAGGUCAGAUGGUCACUAUCGUGGAUCCGGAUGGAUUUCUUGUCAAUGUGAUAUUUGGCCAAGAGAGACGCAAAGAUGCCCCGACAGCUCCUACUGAAAAGCUGAGAGCCAACUAUCCAAUCGAGAAGCAGAGGCUUCGUCAAUUCAAUCGCUUUGAACCUGGCCCCGCAGCUGUGCACAAAUUGGGCCACUUUGGCUAUUCCACGAAACGCUUCGAGGAGCUUCUCUCAUUUUACACCACCCAUUUCAACAUUGUUCCAACAGACCUGCUUUACAUGGAAAAUGACGGCCACAGAAUGGACGUGACCACAUUCAUGCACCUGGACCUGGGUCAGAACCAUACGGAUCACCACUCGUUCUUCCUCGGCGCCAGCCAAACUGGGUCUCACGUUCAUCAUUGCUCCUUUGAAGUCUUUGACUAUGAUACCCAGCACUUAGGACAUCAAUGGCUGGCCAUUAAGGGCUAUCAAUCCGUCUGGGGCGUGGGCCGGCAUAUUCUGGGAUCCCAAAUUUUUGACUACUGGUGGGACCCAGCAGGAAACAUGGUUGAACACUACGCUGACGGUGAUCUGGUCAAUGAGGACACUCCAAUUGGAAUUUUGCCGGCGGGCCAUGAGUCCUUGGCUAUCUGGGGACCCGAAGUUCCGCUGGCUUUCCUGCAGUAG